AUAGUACUGAGACGUAAAGAUAGAAGUCGGCGCCGGAGUUUUUUCGUGACAUUGUGCGCUUGCGCUUCGGUCCGAUCGCAGCACGGUGUUGAGUGCGGAUUCCAGCGACGCGCCAACACAUUUAAAGGGCUCCAACCAUGACGACAGCAAGCGUGUUGCUGACGGUGAGCACGUGGAGCUGCAGCGGGGACAAGUGCGAGCGCGAGGUGGUGGGGCGUGCGGCGCGAUCCGUGGCGGCCGUGGCGGCGCGCGAGCUGCGCGAGACGCCCGCCACCAGGGAGCAGGCGCUGCGGCUCAUGAGGGAGUGGCUCCGGCAGAACAAGGACGUCGCCAACGUUCGACAAGAUGAAUCUUUCUUACUGCGAUUCCUGAGACAGAAAAAAUACAGCAUACCCAUGGCACAACAAACACUUUUAAAAUAUCUGAACCUGCGCAAGUUAUACCCGGAAGGCUUCUCGCAAUUAGACUGUGAAGACGCAAACAUAAAAGACAUUAUACGCAAUGGGUACAUAAUGGUGUCUCCGGUGCGCGACAGCAUGGGUCGACGGGUCAUAGUCUACAGCAUAAAUAAAUUCAACACGAGCAAGUACACAUGCUGGGACAUGUGCCGUGCGCACGCGCUGGUGUACGAGACGUGCCUGGAGGAGCCGGCAGACCAGGUGUGCGGGUUCACGCACGUCGGCGACGUCGGCGGCGCCAGCGCCGCGCACGUCACCGCCUGGAACCCGACGGACUUCGCGCGCCUCAUCAAGUGGGGAGAGCAAUCUUUACCGAUGCGACACAAAGAAUGCCAUUUGAUAAAUCUCCCGGCGACCGUGCGCUACGUCAUCGACUUUGCAGUCAGCAGGGUACCUCCCAAAAUGGCGGACAGACUGAAAAUCCAUCAUAAUCUGAAAUCCUUGCACAAACAAAUCGACACGGCUUGCCUGCCUGCAAGCUUCGGGGGCACCAUACAGACGCAGGACAUGAUCGAGUACACCAAAAUACUGCUGAGCGAGCAGAGGAAGAAGUUGCUCUCUCUGGAUGACAUGGAGAUACUCAGCUCCCGGGGCAUCAUCACCUCUCGGAGUAAGGCCACGUCUAACGCUGACGCCGUCGAAGGCAGCUUUCGAAAACUAGAAAUUGAUUAAAACCUUAAUUAAGACAGUAAUUGUAACUUUUUAUAAGUCUGAUGCCUCAUGUUACCGUUUGAUGAUUGGACUUCUUAUUAGUAGGUACUGUAAUCAAUUUACAGAAUAUACGAUAACGGGUCAGUUUGUGGAGGAGUCUGAAUACUGAGUGAAUUUAAGUCUAAGUAUUACAUUGAGAUAUUUAAAGUGGUCAAGAAUUUCUUUUGGUAUGUAGGUAUUCUUCGACCAUUUCAAUCGGAACUAUUAGCUACUUACGUUGUGCAUGUAUACGACACGACAAAAAUACGAUUAAACGUAGAUUAAUAAUUUAGUUAAGAAAAUCGGAAAUGAAUUCAAUUUGAUAUAAUUUUACACAUACACUACCCAGUUUAUUAAGUAACCAUGUAUAGGUACCACUCUUAGAUGCAGAACUUUUAUCUAGUAUUUCAAAGCGUAUUCUUAAGGGGCCCACAGAUUACCAGUUUGUUGGACGAUAUCAGCCAGUCAGUUGUUCGGAACUCUUUUGCGUUUAACUGAUAGGCUGAUAUCGUCCGGUAAACUGGUACCUAAUCUGUGGGCCCCUAUACUGUAGGAAGGAAACAAGCUUGUUUUUUGGACAAGAGUAGAGUUCAUUCAUGCAACAUGAAGGGGCAUAGCCAUAGCCCUUUUUAACUUAUUUUUGAAAGAAGUAUUUUUUUAAGAGCAAAAUUGGGACUAUAAAACUAUUACAUACACGGUGGUCCAUUAUCUUCUUAAUUCGACACCAUUGCAUGUCGCAUUUGUCGUAAGUAUGUACUUACUUAGAAUAAGAACCUACGAUUAAUUAUAAUUAUGACAAGGUAAUGUAAUGGAUAUUGAAUAAAAUGAUUUUUUUAAAUAAA